UGGCAUGGCCUUCUCAUUCCACUGCAGCUCUGGGUUUGGUCUUCUGGUCAUUCAGAGAGAUGGCCAGGGCUGAGGCUGUGAUCUGGACAGUAGUGACAGUGCUACUCCUGUCCACAGGAUCCAGGGCUGUGAGGUGCCUCCCAGCCAUGAGGACCCUUGCUCUGCUUGCUGCCAUUCUCCUGGUGGCCCUGCAGGCCCAGGCUGAGCACAUUUCAGUGAGCAUCGAUGAAGUCGUAGACCAGCAGCCCGCACAGGCAGAGGAUCAGGACGUGGCCAUCUACGUUAAAGAGCAUGAGAGCUCCGCUCUUGAAGCUUUAGGUGCAAAGACAGGCGGGCGCUGUGUUUGUAGAAAACAGCUCCUCUGUUCAUAUCGGGAACGUCGCAUCGGGGACUGCAAAAUCCGUGGUGUCCGCUUCCCGUUCUGCUGCCCUCGCUGAGCAUGAGGAGCAGAGAAAGCGAGUUCCUUGUUUGCCUUGAGACGACUCCUGUGGCACAUCCUUUUCUUUCCUACUCAAAUAAAGACCUUUUAGUGAA